GAAUGUGAUCUCUUACGUUCAGAUCAUCGAGCUCUGAUAACUGGAUUAUACCCAAUUUGCCAGAUCAGAUUGCAGCACGAUUCCCCACCUUGCCUGGGAGGGGAGGGACAAAAAAAACCAGAAUAAUCUGCAGAGUCUCGGAAAAGCCAACUUCAAUCUCAGAGUGUUUUUAACCAAGAAUUUUCCCAGGAACUGUAGUGGGUUAUGACUACUGACUAAGAAGGAAACAUCGUCAAGGCAUCAGCAAGUAUGACCAAGGGGAAAAUGUGGUUUGAGUCUGCAGACAUCUUUGCAUGUUAGCUUGCCCUCUAUUUUAAGAUCGCCUAGACCGACUAGAGCCAAAGGACAAAGAGUUUGCUUAUAGGACGGUGGCCUCAAUCACAGCACUACAUCCAGCUUGACUUUGGGACCCUUUUUAUAAUGAGGAAAAACGGGAUAUUUUAUUUUCUUCUCCUCUUGCCUGUUCUUAGACACUGUGUCACUGCUGAGCCUGAAGAGGGACAGACUUUGAUGGAAGACUUAAAUCAACUGGGUGUCACACGGAACAAAAUUAUGACAGCUCAGUACGAAUGUUAUCAAAAAAUCAUGCAAGACCCAGCUCAGAACACAGAAGGUCCUUAUUGUAACCGGACGUGGGAUGGCUGGCUGUGCUGGAAUGAUGUGGCUGCAGGGACUGAGUCAAUGCAACACUGCCCAGAUUACUUUCAGGACUUUGACCCUUCAGAAAAAGUUACAAAGAUCUGUGACCCAAGUGGAAACUGGUUCAGACACCCAGAGAGCAACAGAACGUGGACAAACUACACCCAGUGCAAUACUCACACCCAUGAGAAAGUGAAGACAGCCUUGAAUUUAUUUUACUUGACUAUUAUUGGACACGGGCUGUCGAUUGCAUCCCUUCUCAUCUCUCUUGGGAUAUUCUUUUAUUUCACGAGCCUAAGAUGCCAGAGGAUUACCCUACACAAAAACCUGUUUUUCUCAUUUGUGUGCAACUCCAUUGUAACCAUCAUUUGGCUGACUGCAGUGGCCAAUAAUCAGGCGCUUGUGGCUACCAACCCUGUUAGUUGUAAAAUUUCCCAGUUUAUUCACCUGUACCUGAUGGGAUGCAAUUACUUCUGGAUGCUUUGUGAAGGCAUUUACCUGCACACACUCAUUGUGGUGGCUGUAUUUGCAGAGAAGCAACAUUUGAUGUGGUAUUAUCUCCUUGGCUGGGGGUUCCCUCUGAUUCCUGCCUGUAUACAUGCUGUUGCUAGGAGUUUAUAUUACAAUGACAACUGCUGGAUCAGUUCUGAAACCCAUCUCCUCUACAUUAUCCACGGACCGAUUUGUGCUGCUUUGUUGGUGAACCUCUUUUUCCUGUUAAAUAUUGUCCGUGUUCUCAUCACCAAACUAAAAGUUACUCACCAGGCGGAAUCCAAUCUAUAUAUGAAAGCGGUGAGAGCCACUCUUAUUUUAGUGCCACUCCUUGGCAUCGAAUUUGUGCUGAUUCCUUGGAGGCCAGAGGGCAAGAUUGCUGAAGAAAUCUAUGACUACAUAAUGCACAUUCUGAUGCAUUAUCAGGGUCUUUUGGUCUCUACAAUCUUCUGCUUUUUUAAUGGAGAGGUCCAAGCGGUUCUCAGAAGACACUGGAAUCAGUACAGAAUCCAAUUUGGAAGUAGCUUUGCCCACUCAGAUGCUCUACGCUCAGCGUCUUAUACCGUGUCUUCCAUCAGUGACGUUCCAGGCUACAGUCACGAUUGCCCCACUGAACAUUUGAACGGGAAAAGUUUCCACGAUAUGGAAAAUGUGGCUUUGAAAUGUGAUAAGUUGUACGCCUGAAGUUGGGGAUCAAGCCGAGUUUCCCAGCACCCCAAUUCUAAUAACCGAAGAACUUGGCUUGAUGGUUUCAUGACCCGGAGAUGUUUUCGACCUAACGUGUAAUCCGCUUUUCCUGAAUAUCACGAAGAAGAUCCCUCCACAGUUGCAUUUGUUAAAUCUCACAUAUUAGCCAGGGAGGGAAAUAGGGGAGGACUUGAUUUUGACUUUCACGUCCAGGAAGGCUUUUGGGAAAUGGUGGGGUAGAGCUUACCUCUUCCAUAUAUUUUGUGAUGCAGCCAGCAUAAAAAUCAAGAUAUGGUCCAGAUCCCACAGGCUGUCACCAAACCUCUGACAAACAUGGAGAAGGGUGGGGUCUUCUCAUGCUGUAUCAUCAGUAUUUCAAUCCCUGCAGGCUGUGGGAACUAAAUCCAUCACAGACUGAGCACUUCCCAGCUCGGGUGUGGGGAUCCCAGAAAGAGCUAUGCAAGGUAGACUGGUCAGUUUCUCUUCAGCAGUCUCGGUUCCAGGGCGUUUUUUCAUUUUACAGAUUUCCUGGCUCAAAUAAGUGGGACAGUCCCUGGUAAAACAGGUCAUUGGCUAAUCUUUGUAUGCAGGAUGCACCAAAGAAGAGCCACAACAUCCUGAAAUGGAGCCAGAUUGUGGUUGGGGGAUGGGGGGCUGAGUGUGUUUGGCUGGCUCACUUCGAAGGAGCGUAGCAGAGUCAGGAAAGCCCAAUCUCAAGAAGACAGGGAUAAAGGACAGCAUUCACUGAUCCCCUCCUCUCCCACCACCAGCCUCAGGUCAGGUCCUUUUUCAGGACUAUUCAACUUAUUCAAUUUAUUAAUGGGUGGACACCUGGCUCCCUCCCUCCCCCUCUGAUCCAUGUAAAACAGAGUGGGGAGUAGAGAGCCCCCCACUCUCCACACCCUGUGAACACAAAACUCAGAGAGGUGUUUCUCGUGACAUAGAAAGCCCAAUUCCCCUCAGAUGGGAUGGGAGACAGGCUGGCUCCAGGUUUAUGUAAAUAUAAACUUUGCCUCUUCAGUUUCUACUGUGUAGACAAAGUUGGCAAUUGUUUAUGAAGGGAAUCAAUGAAGGAUUUCUUAUUUUCUCAAGGGUUUGUAUAAGGACUCUUUUAUAAUGGAAGCUCUGUCACUUGUCUCCAAGAACCCAGCUUGUAAAUACUCUAUUUUCUUAUUCUUUUAUCUUAAAACAACCAAUACAUGCAGCUUAAGCACACGCAGGAUGUAUACGUUAGUUUCUAAGUGCUCUGAACACUGGGACUGAUGUAAAAAAUGCCUCUAUCAGGCCAGAUCAGAUGGGGAAUAUUUUUCAAGAAAAUCAGAGGGUAGCACUCUAAUUUGGAGAAAUGGGGCAAGGGAGAUUUCUGUUAUAGAAUAGGAACUACUAUUUGCAGCAAAAAUCAAAUGAAGCCAAAAUGAAAUCAUUGAGAAAAAGUUUGCAGAUUUUUGGAAUACGUAUUCUCCUUCCAAAGAACCAAAUAGGUGCGAGGUAUUGACUCCAUCUAUUUUUCCUUCUUCAUGGAUCAUGAACCAUAGUUUACCGUAGACCUAGAGCCCAACAUUUCAGCCCAGGAAAUUGGAAAAGAUGAGCAAUUCUAGUGUUUUAAGUGCUUUCCUGAAAUAUUUGCUGCCCUUAUGAACUCGAUCCUGUUUAAGAAGCAUGCACCACUACUGAGGUUGGUUGUUCAGUGGAAAGAGAAAAAAAAAGAAAAUACAAUAUUUUGAAAACAAUGUGAACAUUUACCAAACAGAAAAAAGUCAAGGAAGGACGUGUAUAUGUUAUUUAGGGCCUAGAGUUCUCAGAGGCUCACCAGCUAAUGAAAUCCUGUCAUUCAAAGUGCUUGAACUCACUAGUUCUCUCCAGGGACAAUUUCAGAGAAGGAAGCAAAACAACUGGUUUCUGAGAACAUUUUGUUGAUGAAGCUAACAUAAAUCAUUUCAUUUCAGCUUUUGAGGAGCAGUACAUUAGUAACCCGCAAAAGGAUGCCAAUGCACAAUUCAUUAUUUGGUCAUCCUAGUCCUCUGUAGGCAGUGUUUCACAGCGUCGUCAUCUCUGGCCAUAAGCAGAUAUUUGUUUGAAAGGUUAUAGGAACAGUCCGUAGAUGAAUUUAGUUUGAGCUGAUGAAUCAACAUAACUGUCUAAACUUCGAACUGUCAUAUGAUCCUGACACACGCCAUGUGAAUUUCCCCUCUGUGAUCAGAGAAGAGACCCAGAAGAUGCAUGAAUAACGUGGCUUUUAGCAUUCACUGGUGUGCCUAUGCAUUCCCAGGUAAACAGACUCAAAUGCUGAGUUGUACACUCCACAGGCAUUUUUAGUAUUGUUUCUAGAUGCGUUUUUGUGCACUACCAAGACAAACUGCCAAACUAGAACAUUAAAAUGACAGGAGAAUAGCUGUUUCAUUCUCUGAAUGUCUGACUUGGAAAAGAAGAUUUACUCUACUGGCAGUACAUGAACUAUCGAUACUAUAUCAAUCUAUGUUUUAAAGAGAUUUUUGUGCUGACUUUCCUCAUGGCCAGUUUUCUAAUCUGUUUUAUAAGGUUCCAAGUGGAGUAAUCGAUAACUUUUGUAGCUCUUCUGUGCACGCAUUUUUUUUGGAAAAAUUAAUAUUAUUUUUCAAAUGUUAGACUUUGGUUAAUGCUGUGUCUUUGCUGUUACAAUUUGCUUUGUGUAUCUUUGCCAUUGACAAUUUGUACAAGAACAAAGAAAACCUUAAGGCUCCCCUCCAGAUUUUGCUGGAAGUAGAUUUGGUGUCGAAUAGUCAAUUUUAUAUAUUUUUAACUACUGUCUCAGAUGAGGCAGAGCACUGCUAUUUUCUGUAGCCCACUUCUAACGGAUGCUAAAUUUCCUAAAAAUGGCCUUUUGGCUCCUAAGUCGGUUUCUCGUUAAAAGUGAUAAUGAAUGAUUCAUAAAGUAUACAUUGUGAAUUCGGGGCUGAGAAAUCAUUCAAAUCAUUUUGUUCAAUGUAAAUAGGAUUAAUGGUAGCUCUGACGUAUUUAUUGUUCAUAAAAACGGUCAACAGAACGUGAAGUUAUUUUGGUUUAUCCUAUUUUCAUUCUGUUCAUAUAAAACAUUAUUCCUUUCAUUUGUUGAGAAAAGAUGUUGUAUUCUGAUCAAUAAAGUACCACUGUA